CACUAGGGUUCGAACUCUGAUACUCACGGUUGUGUGUGAGUUUCUAGUGGUUAUUACCACUUCGUAUUCAGUGAAAAAAAGGUAUCAAUCUUAGAGAAGCGUAUAUCCUUCGUUGCAUCUACCAAACCAAAUGCUAUGAUUUUUGAAUUAUGGUUUAAUUUUAGAAACAUUUAUUACUUUUCCUAAUCAGCUUGUUGAACUACAUACUCAAAUUCCAUUUGUUAUUCGUCUUUUCUUCACUAGGCAAUUAUUCGGUAUUUUAAUUCCAAACUCUGACAUUUGAACGGCGACAUACUAACCGGAUGUGUUACGUGUCUAUAUUAAAGGCAUGCAUCUGAUUCAGGGAAUUGGUGCUGGCAUUGUUCCUGAAGUGCUGGAUGUUAAUCUACUUGAUGAAAUUAUUCAGGUUACAAGUGAAGAAGCUAUAGAAACUGCUAAACAGUUAGCACUAAAAGAAGGUUUGCUGGUUGAAAAUGAUGUUUUAGGUUGGGAUUUCGUCUGGAGCAGCAGCCGCAGCAGCAAUAAAACUGGGAAAGAGGCCAGAAAAUUCCGGCAAACUCAUCGCUGUGGUGUUCCCUAGUUUCGGCGAGCGGUACCUUUCCUCUCAGUUGUUUGAGUCUUAUAGACAUGAGGCAGAG